AUGGCGUUCCUCGAGGACCCGCGGCUGCGGCAGCGCUGGAACCAAAUCGCCCACGACGCCGAGGCCGUGACGGAGAACGCCGCCGCGGGCAUCUGGUCCUUCCAGCACAACUACAUCAACCCGUGCUUCGGCUCCAUCGCCGACUCCAUCGAGCAGUGCACGACGGUCUGCCUCGGCGACCCGGAGGAGCGCCUGCGCCGGCGGCGCGAGCGCGAGCGCACCCACGGCGCGGCCGAGUACAGCUUCGACUUCUACGACGACUGGUACGAGGAGGAGAACGGCGCUGGCGGCGGCGGCGGAGGCCUGCUCGGCAGCUGGGGCGGCGAGGACUGGGACCGCCUCCUCGCGGGGACGGGCAGCGCGCGCAAGCAUGCCGGCGGCGAGACGACGGAGCAGCCGCGCCGGAAACGAGGCAUGAGCUACGGCACCAGAGGCCCUCGCAGGAAGACGACUGAGCAGGACCCGACCAUCAUCCCCAGCACCCAGCCCAUCGGCUUCCUCAGCAAGCUGCCGUGGAAGAUGGGCGGCACCCUGCGGUACAAACCGAGCGCCGCCGACCUGCAGGAGCAUCCCGGGAAGCACGAUCACGAUCACGGCCACGGGCUCGCCGAGUCGGAACCCCUUCUGGGGCCCGACACCAGCUCGGAUUAUCGUCCGCUACACGUGGCGCGCCAGCGCAGCGGGACGACUGGCUCCGGGGACACGUCUGAUUCGUACCGCUCCCGCGGCGACCUGUUUCCGAGCGACGGCGAGGGCGACGAAGACGCCGUGCCCCUAGACGACGAAGUAACCUACGACAUGAUACGAAAGGACGACCGCAGCAGUGGCAAGACGUCACGGACGCGCAGCAGCAAAGGCAAGCGACCGGCGGAGGGUCUGGCCACAUCGAGGACGGUCUCGAGGACCACGCUGGGUUCCAGCAUAUCGGGCGAGUCGCCCGAGCUGGACCGCACGUUGAGGUCCCUACCUGUCACGCCCGACGUCGAGAACGUACCGUCACUGGAGGACCUCGAGCGGGAAGAGGAGCGGCUACGACAAGAAGAAGAAGAGGAGGUCGCUCGGAGAAAGGAAGCGGCAAGGCAACUGGCAGCCCAGAAGGGGUUGGGAACCGAUCCUGGAAGUCAUACCAGACCGGGGGCGAACGCCGACUUCUCCGAAGGAGUGCCCGAACCCGAGCCUCUUGUACAUCAGCAGGACAUCAACGGGCAAGGCCCGGAAGACCGAGGCCGCAGGAAACCUGAUGAUGAUACCCACACCCGGACGCCAGCAGGAGAUGACGUUGGGCGACGAGGCGGCGAGACGAAAGCGGCACCACGGGAGCCCGUCUUCCACGCCGCGCGGCUGCCCAACUUUGGGUGA